AUGAAGAUCAUAUCUUGGAACUGUCGGGGGCUUGGGAACCGACCGACAGUUCGAGCCCUGCAAGGGCUCAUCCAUUCUGAAGCUCCCGAUGUGGUUUUCGUUAUGGAAACCAAGUUGAGUUCGUCUGAGUUGCUUCACCACCGCGGGAUGGGUGGUUUGUCUGGUAUUUUUCCGGUGUCUUGUGCAGGUGGUGGAAAGUCCAGGUCAGGAGGAUUGGGACUUCUUUGGCGGGAGGAGAUACAAAUUGGAGUAAUCCAUGCUUCUCUCAAUCAUAUUUUGUUCAAUAUUACUCACCCUGUUACUUCAGAUGUCAUGCAGAUUAUGGCGGUCUAUGGCUUUCCAGAGGAGAGGUUUAAAGCUCGAACUUGGGACCUAGUCCGUCGUGCUAAGCCUCCCCAUCCUAUGCCUUGGCUUUGCAUUGGUGACUUUAAUGAUAUAAUUUCCCCAGCUGAUAAGCUUGGUGGUGAUGUGCCCGAUAUGGGACGUUUGCAGGUUGCUAACCAGGCCUGUAAUGAAUGUGACUUUCAUGAUGUUGGUUUUUCAGGUUACAGAUUCACUUGGUCGAAUAUGCGAGAGGCACCUAACACGGUUGAAGAACGGUUGGACUUUGCACUUGCAAACUCAGAUUGGAGUUGCAUGUGGCCAGUCACUAAAGUCCGCCACUUUAUUAAUUACAAAUCUGACCAUUGUCCUAUUGUCUUGACUUGCUCUUCUCGCAGGGGUCAUAGAGAACUGGCAAGGACCAAGCUCUUUCGUUUUAAGGAGCUUUGGCUUCAAAGCGGUGAUGAGUGUUCUGAAGUGGUAGCUGAAGCCUGGAGUAGGACCUGGUCUGGUGAUGACAUCCAUGGUAAAUUUGAGGCGGUCAGUGGAGCCCUUGGUUCUUGGGGUAAGUAG